AUGUCAACUUUCGGGCUGCUGAAGGAGGAGCUGGAUCGAGCGAUCGUUGGCGUGAAUCGGUACAAUCCGAACAAUGUGGAGAUGCUGGAGAAGUGUAUCGAGGCGAUGGUGCAGGAGAACCAGUACGACAAGGACAUACUGGUGACCACGCUAAAGCUGUAUCAGCUCAAUGCGGACAAGUACAACGAGGCGAUUGUGAAGCUGAUCCUGUUGAAGACGAUGAUGAUGGCGCCGAGGAGUGAUUAUGCGCUCGCCAAAUAUCUCAUUGACUCGAGCCGAGUGGGCUCACCGGAGCUGAAACGAGUCUUCGAUAUCGGAGCACUGCUCGAGUCGUGCAAUUUCGCUGUGUUUUGGCGCCUGAUGCGUGGCGAGUAUCGGCCGGUGGAUGACGUUUGCGAACCGUUCCGGCAGCCGGGCGAAAUACCGAAAAUUGUCCGUACUGUGCCAGGCUUCGAGGAAAGCGUUCGAAAUUAUGCAUGCCAAGUAAUCAGUGUCACAUAUCAAAACAUCGAGAAGUCGCUGCUCGUUCGGUUGCUUGGUGGAAUCUCCGAGAAGCAUGUGAGUGAGUACGCUCGACGUUAUGGCUGGGUGCCUAAAGAGAAUGGUGAAGUGUUCUUUGUGCAGAAUCACGAAGCAACGAUCAAAAGUCGAAACAUCGAGGAGAAGCUGCAGUUUGAGGCAUGCGUCGAUCUGCUUCGCACAUGCUGCUAG